AUGUCCGCCACCGAAUCCACCACCUCCUCCCCCUGCCUGGCAGACAGCCAAGAGGACAGCCCCAAUGCAGACGAGGAAUCCAAGAACUUGAAAUACUAUUAUGCUUCACUACGUCUCCUUCCAUUUAUCAAGGCCAGAAAAAGAGUGAAAAACCUGACAUUAGUGACCUUCACAAAUGAGAGGAUCCGCAAAGCUGCUGUAUAUAAGGCCUGGCGUUCAAGAAAUGAAGUACAAUCUGAACUCAAGAGGUUCACCGAUCACACCAUGAAUUUACUCCUCGUCUGCAUUGGGGCUGUCCUCUUGGCUGUCUGCCAGGCAGGGGGAGGAGGAGGUGGAUUCGGUGGCGGACAUGGAGGGAUUGGCGGUGGAUCUUUCGGAGGAGGAUUCUCUGGUGGCCAUGGAGGUGGGUCAUUAGGCCACGGUUCCUUUGGAGGUCAGGGAGGAGGAUUUGGAGGAAGGUCCUUUGGAGGAGGUUCAUCUGGAGGUUACGGCUCUAGAGGUCUCUCCAGUGGUAGUCACGGAGGUUCCUCCGGAGGUCAUGGAGGAUCCUUCGGAGGAGGGUCCUUCGGAGGAGGAUUUGGAGGAAGGUCCUUUGGAGGAGGCUCCUCUGGAGGAUACGGCUCUAGAGGUUUCUCCGGUGGUAGUCACGGAAGUUCCUUCGGAGGUCAUGGAGGAGGAUUUGGAGGAGGGUCCCUCGGAGGAGGAUUUGGGGGAAGGUCCUUUGGAGGAGGUUCCUCAGGAGGUUAUGGCUCAAGAGGUGGAUUUUCUAGUGGCGGGCAAUUUGGAGGAGGCUUCUCCGGCGGUCAUGGAGGCGCAUCCUUUGGAGGGAGGAGCUCAUUCUCCAGGGGCGGUGGAUAUGGAAAAUAGAGAGUUCACUGAAAAGCUGAUAAUAAACAGAAAAUAAAUUUUCGAAAUUAUUUUGCAGAAGACUUUUCAUGGAUUUCAUAAUCAAAAUUCAUAUGCAUAAAUAAAAUAUUUAAGAAUA